AUGGCCAGGAUCCAGCCCUUCAGAGUCGAGCAAUGGAUGGAUCAGUACGAAACCACGCCGGACGUUUUAAACGUGGCCGAGACGUGUGCGUCUUCCGUUAGCCUCGACGAGCUACAAGAUUUAUCAGACAACGACCUGAGGAUGCCGCUGAUCGAUACUUCGCGCCCGCUCACAUACGGCGCGAUACGGGGUUCGGAGGCUCUCCGUAAGAGUGUGAGUAGAACUCACAUUGGUGGAGAGAGCAGUGCAGACGACGUAGUAAUCACACAAGGCGCCAUUUCGGCCAACUUUCUCGUGUUUUAUGCACUUGUCGGCAAGGGUGAUCACGUUGUGUGUGUAUACCCAACAUACCAACAGCUAUACACCGUCCCGGAGAGCCUUGGGGCUGAGGUAUCACUGUGGAGGCUAAAACCGGAACACGAAUUCAUUCCGGCCGUCGAGGAACUCGCUGAACUUCUCAGGCCGAACACAAAGACUAUAGUCACAGGCUCCAUGUCUAAGGCGUACGCCCUGGCGGGGAUCCGCGUCGGAUGGGUGGCUUCCAAAGAUGCCUCUAUCCUUCAAGCCAUCCUUUCCGCGAGAGACUACACCGCCAUCAGCGUUUCUCAGCUCGACGACCAAGUUGCGCAAUACGCCCUAUCCGAGCGCGUCUUCUCCCGGCUACUUCAACGAAAUUUAGCACUCACAAGGGAAAACCUUGCACUUCUAAAAGUAUUUGUCGAGAGCUACCCUUCCAUAUGCUCAUGGGUCCAGCCGAAUUCGGGUACAAUGGCAUUCAUACGGUUUACCAGCGGUGGCCAGAGCAGAGAGCCCGUAGAUGACGUCAAAUUUUGCCUUGACGUCCUAUCCAAGACGAACGUUAUGCUUGUACCUGGCUCAAGAUGCUUUGGUGAAGACAGGGACUUUAUGGGCUAUGUAAGGAUUGGCUACGCCUGUUCAACACCGAUCCUCGCCGAAGCAUUGCAGAGACUUGGCUCUUACCUCGAGCAAAACAUCCUUUAG